CCUAUCUCCUCUCUUCAACCAUAUUCCAAUAUUCAUUCAAACAUAAACCAAAAACAGUCAUGGACAACAAAAACUGUUUGGCACUCGAGACGGAGCUCAGGCUAGGGCUCCCCGGCGCUACUGUCAAGGACAAGAAGAGGCUGUUUGCUGACAUCUCCGCGCCCGUCGUGGGCUGGCCGCCGGUGUGCUCGUACCGCCGGAGGAAUGUCGGGAUCAAAAUGUACGUCAAAGUUAGCGUCGAUGGGGCGCCGUUUCUCAGGAAGAUUGAUUUGAGCAAUCACAAGUGCUAUUCUCAUCUUGUUAUGGCUCUUGAACAACUCUUUGGAUGCUUUGGCAUUGGAGAAGCAUUGAAAGAUGCAGAAAACUGUGAGUACGUUCCUAUCUAUGAGGAUAAAGAUGGCGAUUGGAUGCUCCUUGGAGAUGUCCCUUGGGGGAUGUUUGCUGAGUCAUGCAAAAGGUUGAGAAUCAUGAAGAAAUCAGAUGCAAAGAGAAUUGGGCUUCACGCAAAGGACCUUCUCAAAGGACUUGCCACAGAAGAUUAGGAACAGUUAAUUAGGAAUUGAAGGGUAUAUCCGUCAUUUCGCCACCUUUAGUGAUAAUCAUAAUCAAGUGAACAUUAGGUGAGACUUGAGAGAUAUAACUAUUUACGGACUUCAGAUACUUAGAUGAGUCAAGUGUACUUAUAUAUUUUUGUGAUAGUUUGUUUCAUGUUGGUUUCGAGGUAUUUUAUUGUGCUUGAAAUUUGUGGAAACUCAAUAUAUUUGGAUUUUAAUUAAUAUUUUAUAUUUUUUGUAAA